AUGUCUCCUUCACAAUCUCUCACCUCUUCCACCACAACUUCUCGACUGAAUCAGAUCAAUUACCAUACUAUGGGUUCCGCCGGCUCUCCCACAAUGUUCACCGCAGAUAAUGUGCCACGUGCUGCGGAAGAUCCACUCUUUGGCCUGAUGGCCGCAUAUAAGAAGGAUACCUUUGACAAGAAAGUGGAUCUAGGUAUUGGUGCGUAUAGGGACGACAACGCAAAACCAUGGGUCUUGCCUGUUGUCAAGAAGGCGGACGAUCUCCUGCGCAAAGAUCCUGACCUCAACCAUGAAUACCUCCCUAUUGCUGGUCUUGCAGACUUCACCACUGCUUCACAGAAGCUGGUUCUGGGAGCAGAUAGUCCCGCAAUCCGCGAGAAAAGAGUUGUAUCUUUUCAAACCGUCUCAGGGACAGGUGCCGUACACCUUGGUGGUGCCUUUCUCUCCAAGUUUCUCCCUCAACCUACCCCUGCGAUCUACAUGUCCUCUCCGACAUGGGCCAAUCACAACCAAAUCUUCACCAACGUCCGCCUACCAAUCAAGUCCUAUCCUUACUUCAGCAGCGAGACAAAAAUGCUUGACUUUGAGGGGAUGAUAUCCGCCCUUUCCUCCGCUACAAAAGGCAGUAUCAUCCUUCUCCAUGCCUGCGCACACAAUCCUACAGGAGUUGACCCAACACAAGAUCAAUGGAAGAAGAUCGCAGAGGUUGUGAAAGCAGGCAGCCACUUCCCUUUCUUCGACUGUGCAUACCAAGGUUUUGCAUCAGGCGAUCUGGCGAAGGAUGCAUGGGCUGUGAGAUAUUUUGUUGAGCAAGGUUUUGAGCUGUGUGUUGCCCAGUCAUAUGCGAAGAACUUUGGUUUGUAUGGUGAAAGAGCGGGCGCCUUCCAUUUCGUGACUGCACCAGGAUCCGACGCUCAGGAUACUGUCAGCAGAAUUGCCAGCCAGCUUGCUAUCUUACAACGAAGCGAGAUCUCAAACCCUCCUGCGUAUGGUGCAAGAAUUGCAAGCAUGAUUUUGAAUGAUGAGAAUCUUUUCAAAGAAUGGGAACGAGAUCUCAAGACCAUGAGCGGACGUAUCAUAGAGAUGAGGAAGGCUUUCCGAGACAAGCUGGAGGAGUUUCAAACGCCAGGGACAUGGAACCACAUCACAAGUCAAAUCGGUAUGUUCAGCUUCACUGGCCUCAAUGAGAAGCAGGUAGGCAUUUUGAAGGACAAAUGGCAUAUCUACAUGACGAAAAACGGGCGGAUCAGCAUGGCAGGCCUCAACACGCACAACGUCACAUAUGUUGCAGAGUCAGUCAGUGCAACGGUGAAGGAGACACAAUAG